AUGGAGAGGGCCAUGGCUGGAGGAGAGGUUUCAGAAAAGUUUGUGGAGAGGUGUGAAGAGGUGGAAGAAGUAGUGGAGGUGACCGAUUACUGGAAUAGCCAGUGGGCUGGGAGGGAGGUGAAGAUGGGAGAUGGGAGAUGGGAAAAGAGUUGGGGUGUUACAGUUGAACUGACGAUGGAAGUCGAUGAGCUGCUGGAGAAGAUACUGAAAGAACAUGAAGAAAUAAGGAAGAAGAAAAAUAGUGUCGAACACAAAGAUUUGAUGGAUAUUCUUUUGGACUUCUAUGAGGAUAAUGACAAAUCUGAGUUUAGAAUUACAAGAACCCAGAUCAAGGCCUUCAUUGCAGAUCUUUUCAUGGCAGGCACAUCUACUUCAGCAGAAACAAUGCAGUGGACAAUGGCAGAGUUGAUAAACCAUCCUGACUUGUUGAAGAAGGUGAGAGAUGAGAUUGAUUCAGUGAUUACAACUAAUUAUCGGUGGUUGGUGGAAGAAUCAGAUAUCUGCAAACUUCCAUAUUUACAGGCAGCGGAAGAAUCACUCAGAUUGCACCCAUCAGCUCCACUGAUAACAAGAGAAUGCCGCACCAAAAGUUGUAGAAUCAAAGAGUUUGAUAUACCUGAGAAAACUACAGUAGCUUUAAAUUUGUACGCCAUAAUGAGAGAUCGUGAUGAAUGGGACAGACCAGAUGAGUUCUUGCCAGAAAGGUUCUUGGAUUUUUCAAUUAAAAAAAAAAAAAAACAAUUACAUAAACCAAUAUGA